GUGUGAUAACAUUAGCAAAGUCUUCUAAAUUAAUGAUUUUCCGAAUGUUUUUUUUAAUUGUUUUUUAAUUUUUUAUUCUUACACUUUUUUUUUUCCGUUCGGCCCACCCAUAUUCUUAACCGAGAUUCCGCGGUGUAAAAUGAGUCGUGAUGUCGCAUUCGCAGCACAGGUCGAACAUUGUCGGACAACGACACGAGUGUCCACCACUGGGACGCUCAACAUUUCGAUGACCAAGCCCGACGCACGGUGAUCUACGCACAGUAGCAAUUGUAUAUCAUGGAAGACUGGAUGGCAGCAUUAAAGGUUACAGCCAGUAGAGAUCUUUUAAAUCAGCCAAUUGGUGUAGAUUUAAAUGAUUUACUGUCUGGAAACCAUUCAUGGCAUGCAACAUCUCAUGCUCGUCCAACAUAUUGCAAUAUCUGCCGAGAACAGCUAUCAGGUGUAACAUCGCAUGGAUACAGUUGUGAGGUAUGCAAAUGUAAAGUACAUAAAAGAUGUGUAGACAAGGCAAUCAGCAACUGCAAGUGGACUACAUUAGCAAGCGUUGGAAAAGACAUAAUUGAAGAUAACCAUGGGAAUAUUUUAAUGAUACACCAAUGGAUGGAAGGAAAUUUACCUGUGUCUUCUAAGUGUGCAGUCUGUGAUAAAACUUGUGGAUCUGUUUUAAGACUCCAAGACUGGAGAUGCUUAUGGUGUAGAGCUACAGUACAUACUGCAUGCCGCCCCAAGCAUUCUAUUAAAUGCCCAUUGGGAUCUAAUAGACUAAGUGUGGUGCCACCAACGGCCAUACAUUCUGUUGGUAGUGAUGAUUCUUUAGAAGCAAUUCAACCACAUGGAUGUUCACCAUUAUUAGUGUUUGUUAAUUCUAAGUCAGGUGACAAUCAAGGUGUAAAAUUUCUCAGGCGAUUUAAACAAAUUUUAAAUCCAGCCCAAGUGUUUGAUCUCAUUGGUAAUGGCCCUGGACCUGGGUUAAGAUUAUUUAGGCAUUUCAAUCCAUUUAGAGUAUUAGUUUGUAGUGGUGAUGGUUCUGUUGGAUGGGUACUUUCUGAAAUUGACAGACUAAAUAUGCAGGUGCAAUGUCAUGUUGGUGUAUUACCAUUGGGUACUGGAAAUGAUUUGGCUAGAGUAUUAGGUUGGGGUGCAUCUUGUGAUGAUGAUGCUCAUUUGCCACAAAUACUAGACAAAUAUGAACGAGCCAGUACAAAAAUCCUUGACAGAUGGAGUAUAAUGGUGUAUGAGCGUAGCAUUGAUAUAGGUAGUGGCACUAAACUCACAAUGAAUUCUGGGGUACAAGAGGGUAUUAGUUUAGAAUCAGCCAUAUCCACUUACUACAAUUAUAUUAUGUCAAAUUUGAAUCUUAUUUUACAAUCCAAUGAACACGAAGCAAUUGUUAAUAUGGCUAAAGUUUUAUGUGGUACUGUCAAAGAUUUUAUUGUAUGCAUAUCAGAAAUUAGUAAUGGUAUUGAUGAUUCUGAUUUUAAUGAUAUGCGACAAGAUUUAAAGUAUAAAUUAGAUACGCUUUUACAACUUCUCCAAAAAGAAGAGUUCAAAACUACAUAUCAACCAAAAAAUGAAACAAAUCAAAAUAAUUUGACUAAUAGUAAUGAAGAAAAUGCUCACAUUGAUAUUAAUGAGAUAAGUAAUAAUAAUGUAAAAUACAAUGAAAUCUCAGCCAUUAAAAAAGUGUAUAAGAAACAAUUACUCGAAAGAGCUAAUAGUCUUAAAAAAUCAGUUACAAAAUUAAUUGAACAUUCUGGCAAGACAACUUGUUCUACAAAUAUUUUAAUUCCACUUCCUGUUUCACAACUGCCAUCACCUAGCAUUGACAACAAUCUUAACCUUGAACAAUUAACUCCCACAUCUAUUGCUAAUCCAAUAUCUAUUUCUCCGAUACCUAUGCUUAGAAGAAACUCAUCAAAUUCAACAGAAUUAAAUGUUGAAUCAUUACCUGCACCUGUAGAAUUUGCUGACUGCCGUCAAGAAAUAGUGAUGGAUGAUCAGAAUGCAGUGCUGUCAGAAGAAGAUACAAGUACAUAUCAAACUUCACAAUAUGAUGAUUUGAAUAGUUAUUGCCAAAUAUAUGAAACUGAUAAAUUAAAAAAUGAAAGCAAAGACCAAAUUAGUGAACCAUUAAAAACAUAUCCAGCAUCUAAAAUAAGCGAAGAAGAAUUUUUAGGAAAUAUUUAUCAUAUUGAUUCGUCUGAAGCAUCUGAUGAAAUACCAGAUAGUUAUAUAUUGUGUGAUAAUAAAUGUCUAGCCUCUUCGUCCCGUUACAGUUUUCGUCAAGCAUGCAAAGGCAUGUUUUCUCGUCAUAACCCUAAAUUUAAUUUUGGUGUGAAUGAAUGUAUGGAGUCUGACAUUGAUGCCUCAAAUUUAAUAUCUUCAUCACCAGAAGAUGAAGUUAGUGAAGACCUUCAUAAAGAACUCGGAGUCAAGGAUAAUAAUUUAAAAAAGUGUAGUUUAGCACAUUUCAUAGAGGGAAAUGAUAUUGCAAGAAAGUCAAUUAAAUGUCGUCAUCUUAAUAAAACUUACAGCGAUAUGGAAGUCGAAACAGAAUUAAGACUUAAAAAUAAUGAAAAUGAUCAAGAAAAGUGUAAUGUUAUGAUGGGUUUAGCAGUACCUAAUGAAUCAAAUUUGAUUCCAAAUAAAAAUGAAAUAAAUGUCAGAAUUCAAGGUUCUAAUGGUAAUUUAAGUACAAAUGGUGACCAUUCAUGUCAACUACAAAAUUCUAAGCUUGGGAACGAUAUUGUUUUUGAUAUUAAUGAUAAUGACGAUGAAUUAAAUAGUUUCAAAGGAUUAAAAAGAAGUCAAACAAUGGCUGGUCCAGCUGUAGUAAUAAAUCCACCAUCUCCUCAAAAUUUCUCACCCAAUAAGAUUUGUGAUAUCGAAGAAUCACAUUUAGACUGUAGAAGAAAUAGUUUUGAUAGUUGUCGAAGACUUUCUGCAGCAUCACCUGUCAUGUUAAGUGCUUCACCUUUACGAUCUUCUCAUAAAAUUUCUAGUAGUACAGCAUUAAAUACUCGGAAUCAUUCUCCUACCCCAUGCUCAAUACAAAAUGAUACAUCACUUAAACAUAACAAGCGUUUACCCAUCAUCAACCCACUCGUCACUCUGCCUACUUGGCCUAAUGUAACAGAAACGAGUUUAAUAAGUCAAGUAUUAUUAGCAAAUGCAGAUGCUCUAUGUGCUCCAGCUGUGCCUUUGAUGGACCCUGAUGAAACAUUGCUGGAAGGAUUUUUCGAAAAAUGUAUUAUGAAUAAUUAUUUUGGAAUUGGCAUAGAUGCUAAGAUAUCACUAGAUUUUCAUCAUAAACGUGAAGAACAUCCUGAAAAAUGUAGAUCACGAACACGAAAUUACAUGUGGUAUGGAGUUUUAGGGAGCAAGCAAUGGUUGCAAAAAACUUAUAAAAAUUUGGAUCAAAGAGUACAACUGGAAUGUGAUGGACAAAGAAUUCCACUCCCUUCAUUGCAAGGAAUUGUAAUACUUAAUAUUCCAAGUUUUAUGGGUGGUACCAAUUUUUGGGGUGGUACAAAAGAAGAUAGAGUUUACUUAGCUCCAAGUAUUGACGAUAGGAUAUUAGAAGUAGUUGCUGUUUUUGGAACUAUUCAAAUGGCUGCUUCGCGUUUAAUAAACCUGCAGCAUCAUCGAAUUGCUCAAUGUACCACAGUACAAAUAAAUAUUAUGGGAGAAGAGGGAGUACCAAUACAAGUAGAUGGUGAAGCAUGGGUACAACCACCUGGAAUGAUACGUAUAAUUCACAAGAACAGAAUGAAAAUGUUAUGUAGAAAUAAAGCUCUUGAACUGUCUCUGAAGUCUUGGGAAGAAAAACAGAAACAAAUCAAACACCAAAAUAAACGUACUCAUAGCCAGUCAUUGUGUAGAUAUACUCCAUUAAGCCAAGAAGAAUGGACGAUUUUACAAGGCUUUUUGGAAGCUACCACAAAUUUAAUUGAACUCAUAAGAGAAAUAUUAUCAAAACAAAAAUUAGUCAAAGGAGAUGAACUAAAAAAACGAAUGGACUCGACUAAUAAUAAUAUUAAAAAAAUCAGUAUUAUUGAACAUGAAACAAAGGAAAAGGAAUUACGAUCAGUAGCUUCAGAUAUUGUUUUAAGUACAAAAUAUUUACAUGAAGAAACCUUAAUUAUGAUCAGGAGUGCAGGAAAUGUUUUUGAUGGAGAAUUUGUAGUCAAACUUACUUUGGCAUUCAGCAGACUAGAAAAUGAGUUCAAAAAAUGUUUGAUAUCUUGUAAGGACUCAGAUAGUGACAAUGAAUCAUCAUCUUCCUAUGUUUACUUUCUGAACAAUGCUUAUGAAUCGGAAAAAUUAUGCCGGAAAGGACAAUUUUGGCAGAAGUUAUGGAAAGCUAAUGUGACAUCUUCAAAACGGCUUAAUCAUGAUGUAUCAAAUUGGAGUACUGUGGAGGUAGGAAUUUGGCUAGAAUCUGUACAAUUGGGUGAGUAUAUCGAAGUAUUUGCCAACAAUGAUAUUCGAGGCAAGGAACUGUUGAACUUAUCAAGGCGCGACCUCAAAGAAAUUGGUAUGACCAAAGUAGGGCAUUUAAAACGUAUACUUAUGGCUGUCAAAGAAUUAAACACUGUACAUGAACAUCAUUAAUAGUUAAAAAGGUGAAAUAUUAACUUUUAGGGUUUAUGUACUCACACUUGUAAAUAUUUUUUUUAUUUUAUUUUUUUGUGUUUUUCAUGGAAUAUGUUAUUUUGGUACAUUUGUACCAUGAAAAUACAUUGUUAGAUUAUAGUGGAUGAUUUCUCAAACCACCAGGACUGUUAUGAGCUUAUCAAAGCUAAUAUUUAAAUUAAAUUUAAAAAAUUAUGAAAUCAUUAAAUUAUAAAUUGAGAACAAAGAUAUUUAUUUUUAUAUUUCUAAGCUUGUAGGAAAUAUAACUAUUUCUAAUUUUGGUUUUUUAUAUAUUUCAAUGUGAACAAUGUAAACUAAAUAUUUUAAUUUAUUGUUUAAAAAUCAGCUAUGUAGUUUUAAUAUUUUAAUUUAGUUCAAUUUUUUUUUUUUUUAUGAAUCUCAGUCAUUCUUUUUUCAAACACAGAUUCAACAUUUUUCGUUUGCAUAAUAAUUGCAUUGUUUUAACAUUAUUUAUAGAUAUAUAAUCUUUACAUUCAUUUUUAGUAUUUUUAUAAUAUCAUAUUAAUAAUUUACAUCUCUAGGAAUGUGCAACCUACAAUUUUAAAUUUGAUCUGUUCUCUUAAUAAAUGUGAUUAGCUUAGAUGUAGAACAUUAUUAGCUAUUACGUUUGUGGGUAAAUAAUACUAAAAUUAAAACAGGAAAGCCAAAGACUUAUUCUAUUUGCUCUAUUUAACUUGUCUAUUUCCCUAUCUUCUAGUAACUAAGUGCCAAACAUUUAUUACUUUUAAAUCUUUCAAUUCUAAUAAUGUUUGUUUAUGUUAUCCAUACAUUUUAUAAUUCUAUAUU